GAACAUUUGGAAAAGGUCAGAGAGAAGAAUUUACAAAGACGCAAAUACUGUAGUAAAUUUCCUUUUAAAACGACAGUUCAAUUUCUGCAUUGACAAUGAAUCAAAUAAGACGUCGUCGACCAUUUGGGAAUAUCGAUUGUCAAAGCCUGCUUGCUUUAGGUGUGAAAUACUAUGGAUGGAUCAGACUUAAGAAUACAAGAUCAAAGAAAUUCACAGUGUUAAUGAGAGGUCAUAUGUAUAUAUUCAAAAAUGAGAACAGUACGAAUCAUUUAAAAGACCUGUCUUUUUCCUUAUAUGGAUAUACAAGAGUUGAGCUACCAAUACUUACAGAGAAAGAAACUAUAUGGGUAAUCAAACUAGUCCAUCAUGAAUCUAAGACGAAAAUAUUUAAAACGUCAUCAGAGAUAGAGUUAAAUGAAUGGACAGAAAGGCUCCAAGAAGGGAUCUCGUUUGUUAACAACGUUCAAAACAGACAGUCAUAUGCAAAUUGGCCAGACCAAAUCAAUGAACCAGAUAUUUACGACAGGCGUUACCAAGAUGGUCGUCAUAUGUAUGAAGGACUAUCAAUAUACAACGGUCAAUCAUUACCGCAAUCAUAUUCACAGAUGAGUAUUGGUGCAAGCAAUACUAGUUUAUAUGAAGAUGUGAACAGCCAAAGACACAUUCCAACAGAACGUCCACCUAUUUUACCUCCCCGACCAAAGAAGGAAAACGAGAUGACUAACAGUUACUUAGAAUUAGAUAAAGUCGUUUUUGACGACAAAAAAUCAACAUGCAACACAAACAUAAUCGAAAUUCAAACAGACCAAUCAGAAUCAAGCAGUGAAUUGGAUGAUGAUUCAUUUGAAAGUGAAUUGUGCUAUAAAAAUACAUCUGAUAAUCGAAACUGCUAUUCUAAUAUGCCAGGUUAAACAAGUGACUGGUAUAACGAAUGUAAAGGGAGUUCAGAAGACAACGAACCGAGCCCUAAACGAAAUAUCAGAAAGAAAACUAAACGAAAGUCCCUAG